GUAUACACAUUCGGUCGGCUGUAUCGAUAGAAAAUGCAACAUUGCUAAGAAGCACUUCACCGUGAUAAAGACACGUGAAAGCUGAGAGACUGACUGAGCCAUGCUUUGUGAAGGCAGAUUGCUGAGCAUGACCUAUGGUGAAUAUGGGGAGCGGGAUCCCCUCCCUCCUCAGAGGUCUCUCCAGAGUGCUUAUGAGCUGCCAAGAGCAGCUGCUACCCCCAUGCCAGGCUCCACCAGACACGCUCCACUUGUUCAUCACAGUUCCCCCGAGCCGACAGGUUGUGCGGACAGCGGGGGUGCUUCAGCGGAGUUGUACGCUUCUCCGCUGCACUCCUCGGAUCUCCACGGAGCCCAGCCGGGCAGACAGACCUCUCCAGAGAUAAAGAUCCCAGCUCAGGCCUGCUCAGGUGGCGACUCCCCUUUCUUGGUUCCCUCCUUCUGUCAGAGCAUCUGCCAAAACUACAGCGACCUCUAUAUUAGAGGCGAGCAGGUGCUGCCGCGCUCAGCCAACGAUGGCGAGCUCCGGCUCUGUACCGACACCCAGGCCACAGGCCCCUUCCUCCAGUCCUGCGAUGUCCUCCCAGCUGUAGAGGACUCUUCCCCAGAGCAGGCGUCUCAGGGUGGGCUUCUGCAUCCACUGAGAGGAGGUUCAAAUCGCUGGAGACUGGGGAGCACGCGUGAUCGCAGCUUUUUGUUCCAGGAGCGUGAAGGUCCGUUCUCCAACUCUCUCCUAAAUCACUAUCUGGAGCAGAAAGUCAUGGAUUUGUACCAGCAAUACAUGAUGGAGAACAUGGCAAGGGAAGGGGAUUCCGACACUGGCCCCAUUUGUCCUCUGCUGUGCUCAGAGCUGGUCCUGACCAGCCUAGACCAGAUCACUUUGCAGCUGAGUCGGGAAGGGAACCUGGAGGCUGGCCUGGCAAAGGACAUGGUUUUCAGCUGCCUGCUGCGGGUGGCUGGUGACAAGCAGUCAAGUGAGCUCAGUACUCCCUUUCUGCAGAUUUCAAAUGAGGCAUCCAGGGAGCAGCUCACAGAGAAUAAAGAGGAGUAACCCCAGUGUCAAGGAACUCUCUCAUCCAAUUCUCCCUUUCAUUUUAGUUUCUAUCACCCACAAAUAAGUUGAAGCUCAGCCGCAUUUCAAUUAUUUUUGAGAGGUUGACGCUGAAAGCAAAUUCUGUGUGUGAUUAGUAAUUACCAGGAGAGUGUGCUGUACUUAUGUAUCAUCAUUUUAAUAUGCAGUCAUGCAACUGGUGCAUGUGCCUGUGGUGCACUGUUUUCACUUUCUGAAGAACAAUAAAGAC